CCUGGAUAAUAUAAUCGUGCUUUCUGCUUGGGCGUGUAUUUAAGGUGAAAAGCUCAUUUGGGAUCAAACUUGUAUGGUUAAAUAAAAUUUUGUAUAAUGUUAUGACAUCUAUAUAAUACCUUCUAACUUGUAGCGGCUCGAGUUGGAAUAAUUUUAAUCUUUCAGUAUAGUUAAGUUUCUUCCUUUUACAUUUUAAGAGAGCGAUCUUAGUGAAGAAUUUUUGUACCCUUUCUAAAUCCUUAGUUAAUUCCUUUGAAGUUGGGUUCCAUAUUGGAGAUCCAUAUUCUAGGGUAGGAAGAAUAUAUGUUUUAAAUAUGUUACCCCAAGUUUUGGGAUUGGAUGUAUGGAUGUGACGUAGUACUUGGUGGGACCUUAAAAAGCCAAGUUUGCAUAUAUUUUUAAUGUGAUUUUUGAAGGUAAGUUUAUUGUCGAUAAGGAUGCCUAGGUCUUUUACUGUUUCGACGUGUUGUAUUUCAUGGUUUAUAAGAUUAUACGAAUUUUUUGGAUUUUUUGUACCUAUAUUGAAUAUAAAAGAUUUAUUGAGAGAUAUAUUUAGGCCCCAAUCUUUUACCCAUGAAUUAAGGAUAUCGAUUUUCUCCUGUAGGAGAUUGUCUUGUGUUUUAUAA